AUGGCGCCCACUGCUGCUAGCCCUCUGCCCACGCCCGCCGCAACGGUGGGCUGCUGCGCCAAAACCAAGCAGGCGGCCCUCACCAAGCCGCAGCAGCAGCACUGGCAUCCCCUUGAUCCACUUGACGCGCAAGAACUCAGAGACCUGCACCGGAUCGUGCAUGCAUACGUGGCCGAGGAAACAAGCAUCAAGGCAUUCAAGUACGUCUCUUCCUACCUCGUCAACCCGCCCAAGGAGGCAGUGCUGGCUGCACUGGGGCUGCCGCUGCCCCGGACAGCCCUCAACACCGACAUCGAAGCGUCGAAGCGGCUCCUGGCGCGGCGCCGGGCUGAGUGCCAGAUUGUCGAUGUCAUCGCCGGGCGUGCCUACGAAAUCAUCGUCGAUGUGGCCCCGGGCAAAGUCGUCGAGGCGAGGCUGCUCAAGGAGGGCCUCCAGCCCUCGCUGCACCCCGACGAGGUCGGCCAGGCCGAGGAUGCGCUCCGGUCGGACCCGCGCGUCGUCGAGCUGGCCCGGCAGGUGGGCAUCGAGCCCGAGCAUCUCUAUGCCGACGGCUGGUCCAUUGGCUACGACGACCGCUUCGAGGCUGGGCGGCGCGUGCAGCAGGCCCUCGUGUAUGCGCGCAAGAGCGAGCACGAGAACCUGUAUGCACACCCAAUGGACUUUUCCGUCGUGCUCGACAUGAACACCAACGAGGUCCUCUCCAUUGACUUUGGCCGCUUCCGGACCGCAGACGACGACUACAUCGACGGGCAACCCCCCGCUGGCCCGACGCCAGAUCCCCAGGAGGGUCUGCGGCUGAGCGGGCGUGCACGGAUGGCGCCGCCGAUGCGGUCCUACGACUACCUGCCCGAGCUCAUGGCCAAGGAUGCGGCCAUGGCCAAGCCGAGGACGGACCUGAAGCCGCUGUACGUGGUGCAGCCCGAGGGCGUGAGCUACACGCUGCGGGGCAAUGAGAUCUCGUGGCAAAAGUGGAACUUUCACAUUGGCUUCCACCCGCGCGACGGCCUCGUCAUCUCGACGGUCACCUACAACGACGGCGGCGAGGUGCGCCCGCUGUUCUACCGCCUCUCGGUGGCCGAGAUGGUGGUGCCGUACGCAGACACGUGCUUCCCCCACCCGCGCAAGUUUGCCUUUGACGUGGGCGAGUACGGCAUGGGGACGCAGGCCAACAGCCUCAAGAUUGGCUGCGACUGCCUCGGCACCAUCUCCUACCUCGACGGCUCCUUUGUGGGCCUCGACGGGCAGCCAAUCACCAUCGAGCAGUGCAUCUGCAUCCACGAGGAGGACGCCGGCCUGGCCUUCAAGCACACCGACUACCGGCCCAAUGGGCGGGUGCACUCGGCCCGGAAUCGGCGGCUGGUGAUCCAGAUGCUGUGCACGAUUGCCAACUACGAGUACAUCUUCAACUACAACUUCUACACCGACGGCAACGUCGAGCUCCAGGUCCGGCUCACGGGCAUCCUCAACCUGUCGCUCAAGGCGCCCGGUUCGGCCGAGGCGAACCCGUACGGCGUCGAGGUGGCGCCCCAGGUGACGGCGCAGCUCCACCAGCACAUCUUCUCCCUGCGUGUGGACCCCAUGAUUGACGGCCACGAGAACACGGUGGUGCAGUCCGAGAUUGAGCCCACGGGCGCGGCCACGGGCACAUCGUUCAACUACCUCGGCAACGGCUUCCGGCAGCGCAGGCGCGCCCUCACGGCCGCAGGCGGCUACGGCUGGGAUCCCAGCCGGCACCAGACGUACUCGAUUGUGAACGCGAACCGGACGCACUACGCCUCGGGCCUGCCCGUCUCGUACCGCAUCCACACGCGCGACUACGAGACGCUGGCGACGGCGCACGACUCGAUUGUGAGCAAGCGGGCCCGGUUUGCGACAAAGGCCCUCUGGGUCACGCGGCACGACGAGGCGCAGCUGUGGCCCGCGGGCAAGUACGUGGCCCAGCAGCGCGACACGGCCGACGACUGCAUCUCCGAGUGGGUCAAGGAGCGGCAAAAGACCGACGACGAGGACGUGGUGGUGUGGGUCACCUUUGGCAUCACCCACGUGCCCCGGCCCGAGGACUUCCCCAUCAUGCCCGUCGAGCACCUCUCCGUCUGGCUCAAGCCGGCCAACUUCUUUGACUGGAACCCGGCGCAGGACCUGCCGCAGAUUGCCGACUCGUACUCGCGCCGCGUCGAGGCGUGACUGUAUUCUACUCCCAAACUCAAUUGUGUGCUCUUAAUGUCAGUCCGUGUCAGUAUCGGCUUCCGUCUCGGCACUUCAAGCUCCAAUUAUGGCUUGUAAGACUCGUGGUCGAGCCUGGCUCAGAGACUGAGCUUUGAGAUAUACUCGACGAAGAUGGCAGUCGGCACCUGCAGCAUCUUGCCUGAGGGCGACGUGAUCUCGAUGGUGGUCACGCAGCUCUAUCUGGACGCGGGGUAGAGCGUGCGGGCGCUUGUCGUCUAAUCCUAAGCGCCAGGCGCGCGGGUAGUCGCUCGCUCGAGAGAUAAGUGCGGGGCCAAGAUAAGCUAGCCCCACCCAGUCAGGUCCCAAG